AUGUCAACAUCCGCAGACGUCAAGAAGAGCAAGGAUGUUCAGCAUGGCCCCAUUCACUACCCGUUGUGGUUUGGAGGAAGCGCGAGUUGCUUCGCGGCCAGUGUGACGCAUCCAUUGGACCUCUUAAAGGUCCGGCUACAAACUCAGCACCAUGGCGACAAGAAGACGUUGAGCCAGAUGCUCGUACACGUCUUGCGGAAUGAUGGGGUCAAGGGCUUAUACCGCGGCCUGUCAGCCUCCCUCCUUCGCCAGCUAACCUACAGCACAACCCGCUUUGGCGUAUACGAAGAGCUUAAAGAAGUAUUCACCACCGGCGUGCAGCAACCCUCCUUCCCAGCACUCAUCGCAAUGGCCUCAACCUCCGGCUUCCUAGGCGGUAUUGCAGGCAACCCAGCCGACAUCAUGAACGUCCGCAUGCAGAACGACGCCGGUCUACCACCUGCAGAACGUCAUAACUACAAGCAUGCCAUAGACGGUUUGGUCCGCAUGGUGCGCGAAGAAGGCUUCGCUAGUCUCUUCCGCGGCGUCUGGCCCAACAGCACACGUGCCGUGCUCAUGACGGCGUCUCAGCUCGCCAGCUAUGAUAUCUUCAAGAAAGAGCUUCUUCAGCGGACGAGUAUGGGCGACAACCUCUACACGCACUUCACGGCUUCCUUUAUGGCAGGCUUUGUUGCCACGACUGUCUGCAGUCCUGUGGAUGUAAUCAAGACACGCGUCAUGAGCUCGAAAUCGUCAGAGAGCCUGUUUGCACUCAUGAGGACGAUCACUGCUGCGGAAGGCUUUGGAUGGAUGUUCAAGGGUUGGGUACCCAGCUUUAUCCGACUUGGGCCGCAUACGAUCGCGACAUUCAUGUUCCUCGAGCAGCAUAAAACGAUUUGGCGGAGAUGGCAUGGCUAUGAGAGCUAA